GCAUGCGUGGGAAGGAGGGCUUGUGCAGCUGGCGGCUGCCCUUCCAGGCUGGGAAAGGAGCCUGUGUUUUUUUCUCCGCUCCAAGUUGAAAGUUGUUGCCCAAGCCGCGCUUUAUUUAUCCCCUUGCUGGAUCUGGAGUGGAGUCAGCAGGGAAGGAAGUGCCUGCCUUCUGAGGGAGCAUCCAGCCCACUUUGGCUCCGAUUGCCUUUGCUUUGCCUCGGAUCCGCGCAACGUGGAGAGCAGGGUUGCCCGGUAGCCCACGCGAUCGCUUUAGGUUUGCCUGCCUGGAGGUGUUGGAAAGAGGAUGUAGUAAGUUCGAGGAUGGGGCUUUCUGCGGAGAGGAGCUCACAAUGGCCCGUGAAGACUCGGUGAAGUGCCUGCGCUGCUUGCUCUAUGCCCUCAAUCUGCUCUUCUGGUUGAUGUCCAUCACUGUGUUAGGUGUUUCUGCCUGGAUGAGGGACUACUUGAAUAAUGUUCUCACUCUAACUGCAGAAACAAGGGUGGAGGAAGCUGUUAUUUCCACUUAUUUUCCAGUUGUCCAUCCAGUCAUGAUUGCAGUCUGCUGUUUCCUUAUCAUUGUUGGAAUGCUGGGUUAUUGUGGAACAGUGAAAAGAAAUCUCUUACUGCUUGUAUGGUAUUUUGGGAGCUUGCUUGUGAUAUUCUGCGUUGAGUUGGCCUGUGGCGUUUGGACCUAUGAGCAGGAAGUUACGGUUCCUGUGCAGUGGUCAGAUAUGGUCACCUUGAAAGCCAGAAUGACCAAUUACGGUUUGCCUAGGUAUCAAUGGCUUACGCAUGCUUGGAAUUUCUUUCAGAGAGAGUUUAAGUGUUGUGGAGUGGUGUACUUCACUGACUGGUUGGAAAUGACGGAGUUGGAUUGGCCUCCCGAUUCCUGUUGUGUCAGAGAAUUUCCAGGAUGCUCCAAACAGGCCCACCAUGAGGACCUGAGUGACCUUUACCAGGAGGGCUGUGGUAAAAAGAUGUACACCUUCCUGAGAGGAACUAAGCAACUGCAGGUGCUCCGAUUCCUUGGGAUCUCCAUUGGAGUGACUCAGAUUUUGGCCAUGAUCCUCACUAUAACUUUGCUGUGGGCGCUGUAUUAUGAUCGACGAGACCCAGGUACGGACCAGAUGCUGUCCUUGAAGAAUGACACCACGCAGCAUCUGUCGUGUCAUUCAGUGGAGCUGCUAAAGCCCAGCUUAACAAGGAUCUUCGAGCACACUGCCAUGCCCAACAGCUUUAACACACACUUUGAAAUGGAAGAACUGUAGAGUUCAGCCAGCCUGAGAACUGGGCGUUGAGUCAUUGAUCAGGCCUCUGAGUCCAUCAUUCUACGUCAGCUGUAUUAGAAAGUAAAUGGAUAACGGAUGAAGACUUAAGGAGGAACAGUGAAGUUUGAAGAUAUAAGGAAGGACACAUUUCCCCUUUAAAAUGUCAUGAUUUUUAUGAUUCUAAAGUAUAGAUUUAAUAUUACGAAUAUAUUGUUUCGUCCUCCGAGAGCAAAUAAGCUCUCCAUGAGACUUUAUAAAUUAUGUAGAAUGCUGAUCAUCGCAGAACAGGGUUCACAAUCUUUUAACAAACCCACCCAUAUAGGGUAUGAUUUUUGUGCUGUCCAAUUCUAUCUGAACUUUUGAUGUUAUAACCGUUCUAGGAUGGACAAGUUGUUCAGCACUGACAUGAGAAGGUCAUAGCUGUUCAGUGUCUCAGUUAUGUGCAAUUUAAGUGAUAUGUAUAUCUUUUGGGAGAAAUGGUAACUGGAAAGACAUUGCUGUUAAAGGAGUUGCACUCUGGUGUUGUUCUGCAAUCAGUAAUUCCCACCUCAAAAUGUUCUCAAAGCCAUAAAGUUAGAAAACAGGGAUAUCUUACAAAUAUAAAACCAUUAAUUGCCUUGUAUUCUCUUACCUAUUGGAAAAAAGUUUCAUUUUCAGGUUAAUCAGCACAACCAUGAGGGCUAGAACUUUGAGAUUCUCAGGAUUUGUAAAAAAAAAAAAGCACAUUACAAUUCGUAAUGCAUGCAUGGCACAGUAGUCAUGGAUAGAGCGAGGAGAAGGUUCACCAGCAAGGAUUACCAGAACGAAUUGUAUGCACAUGCAUUUCAAUGGAAAUCUGUGUAUUUCACUUUGCCCGCCUGUACAGUUAAAUGCAAAUCGAUCCAUCAAAAAGUGGAAUCUUUGGACCUUUUUGUCCAUGUACUGCAGCAUCUAGGGCAUAGGUAGGGAUUUUUAUUCUUCCUUUGAAUACGCACAAAGUCCACAGGUUUGGCCCAAACUGAUUUCUGGUUUGGAGCAACAGAGGACAAUAUUUUGUUAUGUCAAAGCAUAUUUCAGCCUCUAUGGAAAUUGCCUCUAGAAGAUCAGGGAUAUUUUUGUAUAUAAUAAAAGAGUGUGUAUGUAUAGUAGAGUUCAAAUCCAAAUGAAAGUUUGGUUUUUAAAACAUUUAAUUUUUGUAAAAGGGAUCUUCUUUUUGUUUAGCAGCACUUUUAUUUAGCUGUUUUCAUGAAAGUACCAUAAAGUGUCUGGGUUUUUUUCUUCCUUAAAUGACUUUUGAAUAUAUAAAUUAAUUUAUGUGGGCGAAAUAAUUUUUUAAACUAAUAAAUGA